GGGUGUGGCCUGCCAGAACCACCGAUGCUGAGUACCACUGAGCAAACUGCACUCCUCCAAACUGCUGCAAGCACAGGGGCUGACCGCGUCUCUGUAGAAAACACGGUUUCCUUCCUCUUUGCAAUAACGAGCUGUGAUGUGAGUGCUUAACACUCAUCUGGGUUAAAUACAUGUGUGAAGUUAUUCACCCCAUUACUAGGCUGAGCAAUGGUUUGCUUGUCAGCAGUUGAGGAGGAGGAUGUAACUCUCUGAGUAAUACUGUGUAGCCUCUGUGAUGCAGACGUGGAUAAGCCAGACAGCAAUCUCCUGACCCAGCCCAGCACAGACACACACUCUCACACUUAAACACAGCGGUCUGUCACGACUGCUACAGUGAAAGCUCUGUACACCAGCCGAAGACCCGAGGAAGAGCAUGUGCUGAGCAGUUAAGUUUGCAAUAACGAGCUGUGAUGUGUGCUUAACACUCAUCUGGGUUAAAUACAUGUGUGAAGUUAUUCAUCCCAUUACUAGGCUGAGCAAUGGUUUGCUUGUCAGCAAUUGAGGAGGAGGAUGUAACUCUCUGAAUAAUACUGUGUAGCCUCUGUGAUGCAGACGUGGAUAAGCCAGACAGCAAUCUCCUGACCCAGCCCAGCACAGACACACACUCUCACACUUAAACACAGCGGUCUGUCACGACUGCUACAGUGAAAGCUCUGAACACCAGCCGAAGACCCGAGGAAGAGCAUGUGCUGAGCAGUUAAACUGGGACGUGAUGGAGGACACCAGCUGGAAUACAGCCGGGAGAUCUGUGCUGCUGAGAAGCGAUGGGCCCCUCAGAGCCACCAAACAACUCCCACGCCCUUUUUGACCGCUUCGUUGAGGCGCAGAGCUGCAAGGAUGUCCUGCAGACCUUCGCGGAGCUCUGCCUCCACCUGGAGGUGGACCCGCAUGACUACAGGCAUUUCUACACGAAGCUGAAGGAGCGCCUCAACUACUGGAAGGCCAAGACGCUGUGGACCAAACUGGACAAGAGAGCUGCUCACCCCGACUAUAUACAAGGAGAGGCCUGUGCUAACAACAAGUGUUUAGUGCUGGGAGCCGGGCCAUGUGGACUGCGCACGGCGAUCGAACUGGCCUUCCUGGGAGCGCAGGUGGUCCUGAUUGAGAGGCGGGACACCUUCUCCCGAAACAAUGUCCUGCACCUCUGGCCGUACACGAUCACUGACCUGCGGAACCUGGCAGCCAAGAAGUUCCACGGCAAGUUCUGCUGCGGAACCCUCGACCACAUCAGUAUUCGGCAGUUGCAGCUCAUACUGCUCAAGGUGGCCCUGAUCCUUGGGGUGGAGGUCCACACAGGCGUGGACUACAAGGGGCUCAUUGAGCCGACCCAGGACACCCAGGGGACAGCAGAGUCAGGCUGGAGAGCAAAUUUGCUCCCCGAGUCUCACCCAGCCGGGGAAUAUCACUUUGACGUUCUUCUAUCAGCGGGUGGAGGCCGAUUCGUACCAGAAGGAUUCAAGAGGAAGGAACUGCGAGGGAAGCUGGCUAUCGGAAUCACGGCAAACUUCAUCAAUCGGCACACGGCCGAAGAGGGAAGAGUGUCUGAGAUCAGCGGCGUGGCCAGGAUCUACAACCAGAAGUUCUUCCAGAGCCUCCACGAUGAGACAGGCAUUGACCUGGAGAACAUUGUGUACUACAAGGACGACACCCAUUACUUUGUCAUGACCGCGAAAAAAAAGAGCCUGCUGAAGAAUGGGGUAAUUAAACAGGACCACGGAGACGCAGAGAAGCUCCUCUCCCCUCAGAAUGUGGACUCUGAGGCUCUGCGCCGGUAUGCCUACGAGGCUGCGCAAUUCUCCACAGCCAGGCAGCUCCCGGGGCUGGAGUUCGCGCUGAACCACAACAAGCAGCCCGACGUGGCCAUGUUCGACUUCACCUGUAUGUACCGCGCCGAGGCCGCCUCGCUGGUGAGGGAGAGACACGGCAAGAGGCUGCUGGUGGGGCUGGUCGGAGACUGCCUGGUGGAGCCCUUCUGGCCCUUGGGGACAGGGAUUGCUCGGGGAUUUCUGGGUGCCUUCGAUGCGGCCUGGAUGGUGCGGCGGUGGGGUCAGGGAGCCUCCCCCCUGGACGUCAUGGCCGAACGGGAAAGUAUCUAUCAGCUCCUGUCUCAGACCACCCCAGUCAACACCAGCAAAAACUACAGUGCUUACAGCAUAGACCCAUCCACACGCUAUCCAAACAUCAACUUGGGGUCCAUCAAACCUCACCAGGUGCGUCACCUGUACGACGUGGAGGACAGCUUGGACGUGCGCAGGGAGAGCAAGAAGCAGAAAGAGAAACCCCUCCCCUCCCGACAGGAUUCCUUGGGAGGGUGUGAGGAGCUCCUCAGCUGGUGCCAGCAGCACACAGCAGGGUACAGAAACGUGAAGGUGACUGACCUGACUCACUCCUGGAAGAGCGGGCUGGCUCUGUGUGCCCUCAUUCACCACUUCAGACCCAACCUCAUUGACUUUUCCUCCCUGGACAAGGAUGCUGCAGCCCGCAACAACCAGACAGCGUUCGACGUGGCCGAGCGUGAGUUUGGCAUCACUCCCAUCAUGGCGGGCAACGACAUGGCAGCCCAGAGCCAGCCAGACAGACUAGCCAUGCUGCUCUACCUGACCCAGUUCUACCAGAUCUUCCGCGAAGUGGCGCCACCUGCAGAGCCCGAGGAUGUGGUCUGCAGCAGCAAGCCUUUGAGUCUAUCGAGCGCCAAGUCUGCCAUCGUCUUCCUGAGCAAACUCAAACACAACUCGCUGCAGAGACAGAAGAAGAAACUCACAGCUAAACGUGAAGAAAAGAGGACAAAGAAGGAAGAUAAAGAUGUAGCUUUGGCUGUAGAGUCUGCAGGGACAGAGGUAAAGCACACACCUGCAACCCAGCCUGCGGAAGUCUUUAACACCCAGAGUAUUGAGGUGGAGUCAUCGACCCAGCGUAAUGAUCAGCUGGCUCCUCUGGGAAGUCCUGGUGGCAGUGACGUGUGUUAUUUCUGCGGGCGGCGCGUCUACGUGCUGGAGAGGGUCAGCACUGAGGGCAAGUUCUUCCACCGAAGCUGCUUCAAGUGCCAGCAGUGCAGAGCCACCCUGCGAGUGGGCAGCUACGCUUUCGACAGCAAGAGAGGCCAGUUCUUCUGUCUGAUUCAUUCGGACUGGCAGGCUGAAGGCAUCCAGGGAAAGACACCAGAGGCUUUAGUAAAUCCGGACCCCUCUUCAAACUUGCCUGCUGAAGAUCAUCCACCUGCUAUCAGCCCACUUUCUGUUGAACAGCAUGCUACUCUGGUAGAAGACAGGUCCAUGCAAGAGCCAUGCGGUCCUGUUUCAGUCUCAGUUAAGCCAACGCUGGAUUCUUCAGAACAACGCUUGAGGGAUGAUUGUAACCCCAGUGAAUGCCCUGUGCCAGCUGUGCGGACAUCCCGCUUCAAACCAAACAUUCCCCUUGUGGUCUUUAGCUCUGAAGAUCUAGACUCGGUGGAUGGAGAUACAACCUUCUGGAAAGACAACCUUGAUUCUGGUGCUCCUCCAAGAUCUAAACCGACACCAAAGCCACGGGCCAAUAAAAGAAGCCCUGCACCCACUGUGACUGUAGACCAGAGUGAGGAACGAGAUGUGGGGGCAUUGGAGGAGAAGAAGACUGUGUCGAGUACAGAAGAAUCCAGUGAUGGCAACCAGGGCUUCGGAGACCAACUGACCACAAAUGGAACUACUGUUGUUGUUCAGACUGAAGAUCCAAGUACCACGGGACCUUCUCCUUCUGAAAGCCCAGUUUCCAUAAUGAUCGCUCUUCCUAAAGACUCAGAAAACGGAGACUGCCAGAAGAAGUUCCCGCUAAAGAAACUGAUGCUGUCAGAAAGUGAGAAACAAAAACUUAUCAGGCUUAGCCUCGAUUCCGACUCCGACUUGGACCAAGACACUAGAAAUCGACAAAAACCUCCGCCUGAGGUGGAGCAACCCGAGGAGACAUCAGCUUUGCUGAACCCAGAUGGGCAGGCAGACAGUGAGUCGUCUUGGGGAGGGCCAGGAGGUAGCAUCAGGGUGCAGAAUAACAGGAGGUCCUUCAGGAGAAAGGACCCCACCACGCAUCCCCCAGCUCAGCCUGCUAGCAAGCCAAAGUCCAAGUUCUCACCCUGGAAUCUCUCGUCUCCUCGACUCGGGAGGGGACUGAAAAACGUAGAUAUUCAGGAGUCUGAAUUCAGACAAUCAGAGGAGGAGGAGGAGGACGACGACGAUGACGAAGAUGACGAAGAAGUCUUCGAUAAUGAUGAUAUUGAUUUGGAUCUCUUCAAUGAGAAGUUUCAGACCAUGCCCUCGGAUCCCAAGGAAGCCAAAAAGCUGGAGCUGCUGAAGAUGAGAACCAUUGAGAGGAGAGCCAAGCAGUGUGAAAUACAGCGCUUCUACAAAGCACAGUCGAUACAGCGGCGCCUGGAGGAGAUUGAGGUGAAAUUCAAAGAGCUGGAGGAGAAGGGGGUUGACCUGGAAAGGGCGCUGCGCAGGGAGGCUGAGUCAGACAACUCCCCACUGCUCAUUCAAAAUUGGAUCCAGCUGGUCCACGAGAAGAAUGACCUGAUGUCGGAGGAGUCGGACCUCAUGGUCGCGUCCCGUCACCUGGAGCUGGAGGACAAGCAGAGCAGACUGGAACAGGAGUAUCGGAAGUACAUCGACAUGGAAGACUCGAUGAAGACAGCCCAGCACCAGGCGGAGGAGGAGAGGGUGCUGCUGGAAUUGCUGGAGGUUGUGGACAUGAGGGACUCGCUGGUCGUGUUUUUGGAGGACCAGAGACUCAAGGAGAUCAAUGACCACGGACUACCCGUGCUGGAGCCCAAGAGACCAAAAACAGUGGGGAGGCAGGUCCACUGGGAAUAACGGGAGCAGCAGUCAAACACACACAUCCACCAGCUAUACACGACCACCUACAGGAAACCUAUCUGAUCCACUGGGCAGAACACCAAGGCAACAAGCAAAGACUGUCUGUGCCAAAGCCCAGGAAACCACUGUUUUAACACAAGUCCAGUUCACACUGACCAGCUAUUAGCUGUUAACGCUGGAACCCAUUUGACUACACAAUGACCAGCUGGCUGUAUAGGAUCCCAGGUUAAAUUGGAGUAAUGCAGGGAUCACCAGAGCAGUACGCACUGAACGGCACACUGCUGUGCACUGGGUGUUCAGCUAAGACAUCAGACCAUGUACAUAAGCAGGGACUGGGUGCAGGGAGAGUCUGGGCUGGAAUCCAAUCUACCAACAAGAGGAGGGUGGUGACAAUGGAACAGAAGAGACCCAUGCUGCACAGUCCAUGUUUCUGUUUCAAACAUACUGGAUUCCAGCUGUUUGUCCCCUUGUACCGAAAGUUUGUUUUGAAAAUAUCGGCUCUAGCUGUAAAAUAUUAUCAGUAUAAAUAAAAAAUAAAAAAAACCUGCCAUAUUGCAGUUUCCUUUUGACAUUUCUGUUUUGCAGUCUGCACAUGAAUGAUCGAAGGAAUGCAUUUUCUGUAGCAGAAAUAUUUUUUUUGCUAUAACUCACAUUAUAUAUAUAUAUAUAUAUAUAUAUAUAUAUAUAUAAAAUUUUCUUUUAAACAAAUCAUAGCUGCAAGUUACAUUCCUGGAAUUGUAAACUGGACCAGAGAUAUUCAUCCCUGCAUUGAAUACAAAACAGCACAGUAGUCUGCACUUCAGAAGCCACCAGUAGGUGGUGCUAUUGUGCGCAUACAUAUACUUUUUAUAUUGUCAGGAUUCAAGAAGUUUGAAACUUGUAGGUGAAUGACUGUUCAGUAGUCUGUCUGUUAUUUAAAUAUAGAAGUGUUUUAUGUAUACAUUCUUUUUUGUAUUUUUGUUAAUGAGAAUCUAAAAUAAAUAUUAAAGCCUA